GAGAAGAAAAUGGAUCAGCUGCUUGAUGUGGAGACGUUGAAGAAGCUGUCACCAGAACAGCAAGAGCAAGUGAUCAGUGGUGUCAAGCAGCAAGCUGCCCUUGCCAAUGCCCAGAAUCUUGUCACGGACAUUUCUGAAAAGUGCACGAAUAAAUGCAUCACUGCACCAGGAAGCUCAUUGGCCAGUGGUGAAAAGCAAUGUCUACAGCGAUGCAUGGAUCGUUUCAUGGAAUCAUGGAAUCUUGUUUCUCAAACUCUUCAAAAACGUCUUCAAGAAGAAAUGGCGUCUUCAGGAGGAAUGGGUGGUGGAUUCGGACAAGGACCGUCGUUUUCUUAAAAAAAUGUUUUCAAUUAACACCCAUUUUCUGUUAUUGUUUUUUUCCAUUUUUUUUUCUUCGAAUUGUCAUUUGUAGGUAGAUCAAAAAAAA